UGAAGCCAUGCUGGACAAUGAGAUUUUUAACUGCAUCAUUUAGAAAUAUAUCUUAUAUUUCAUUGAAAAUUCAGACUCUCUGUCAAACCAAAACCUAAAGUGUAUAUAGAACUUUCUGAGGGCAACCUCGAGCUAAGAAAUAGAUAACUUUUAACAUUGAAUUUUACAUCUCAUCUAAGUUUCUUCAACAAAUUCUAAGGAUCAAAAAAGUUAAACAGCAGUGAUUUACAAUCCUAUGAUAUAUCUAUCGAAGAGAUUCAAGAAAGAAUGGAAGAGUACAAACUCAACUUUGAUAUCAGAAAUAUUAUGAGUGACAGUCACUCAGAACACCUAAAGAAUUUGGAACUUGCUGAAGCGUACAGGAGUUCCAACAACUCCAUAGAGGAUGAUAUUGAACAUAAGGAGCUGAGCUGAGAGAAGCUAAUAUCGAGCAUAUUACUAUUGAGUUAGCUCAAGCUGAAAGCCAAAUCGAAAGAAUUACCAGUGUCAAUGAUACUUUUAAGCACACAUUCAAAGGCGAGGAGCAUAAAUUUGAAGACUCUGAUAAUAACUUUAAUGCUGAUAUUAGUGUUGAUACUUCUGAAGGAAGUCUCUCUAGAGAUGGCACUGAAGAACUCAAAAGCUCCUAUGCAGAAUAUGACUAUAUGAACAACCACUUGGUUGAAGUUUCACCAGACUCCCCUAUUGAACAAAAGGAUAGGAUAAACUAUACUCAGCUUAACAAUCAAAUAGCUUUCCCCAAUAUUGGGGAAGGAUCUCAGCAUGAAAUUUCUCUUCAAGAUGACGACUACACCAGCAACCAAAUAGAAUCAUUAAUAAAAAGAUUUUCUGAAAGAUUAAGAAAGUACAGAGAGUAA